AUGGGCAUGUCAGACUACGUAAGCCAAUCAAAUCAUGCUUCUGGUCUGGACCACGUGGCUAUGUGGAAGUUCGCAUCUCAAGUUGGUAUUCGAACUGCGGUCCGAGCUGCCUCUACCUCAUCUCAACCCACCAAAGUUGCAGGGGACAUAUCGUCCGUUUUUCCUAGCUUGAGAUCAGACUAUAAGCCAGAGCCCCUCCCAAAGCGGUUUGAAGACCUAAAGUUACGCCUCUUCCUGCGGAAUGGAAGUGCGCUGAAGAACAGUUGGGUUAGAUUAUUAGCCAGCCUUGAGCAUGAAGUGGAGGAGAUUAGGAAAGCUGGCAGUGACGUUAUACCAUCAAUUAAUUUCUCAGAUAUUCUAUCAGGCAAGGUAUCUCCUGGUAAGCUAGCUGAGAUUCGUAGGCGUGGAUGUGCAAUUGUAAGGGCAGUUAUUCCGAAACCAGCGGCUCUCGACCUCAAGCAACAGGCAACUGAAUAUAUCUCUGCCAAUAAAAAUAGCGUGAAAGCAUUUCCCCCUGACUCCCCCGCCGUUUAUGAACUUUACUGGUCACCCUCACAAGUCGCAGCCAGGGCGCAUCCCAAUAUCCUUCGGACCCAGUGCUUUCUACAAGGAAUUUGGCAUUCUUCCGAUCCCAAAACACAGCUCUCCACGACCUACCCUCUUUCCUACGCGGAUCGAUUUCGCAUCAGAAAUCCAGGCGACGCGAAGUUUUGCCUUGGCCCACAUAUCGAUGGAGGAUCGCUUGAAAGGUGGGAGGAUCCUGAAUAUUCAAGUGUGUACCAGAAGAUACUGGAUGGUUCGUGGGAGGAGUAUGACCCUUUUGAUGCACGGCACCGCGUUCACGCGAAAAUGGAUCUUUACAAUGGAGCCGGUGCCUGCUCCAUGCUACGGUUCUUCCAAGGAUGGCUGUCGAUGUCCGACACGGGACCAGGAGAAGGAACAAUGCACGUAUGCCCAAUGUUAAAAUCUAGUACCGCUUAUACCAUUCUCCGCCCAUUCUUUGAUGUCCAGACUUCGGAACCCCUGCUGGAUUCUUCAUUCCCCGGCUCCGUUCCUGGAUCGUGUCAAGAAUACUCGGACCUCUCUCACCCGCACCUCAAGCUUUCCACUACCAUGGUAUCUGUACCCCGGGUUGAGCCAGGUGAUUAUGUUGCAUGGCACUGUGAUUGUCUCCAUUCUGUUGACAAUGAACAUAGUGGUAAAGGUGAUUCGAGUGUGUUGUAUAUUCCUGCGGCCCCGCUGUGCGAGAUGAACGCAAGAUAUCUUCAGAAGCAGCGCCAAGCGGCCUUAACAUAUUCUCCACCAUGGGACUAUCCAAAUGCUGGGGGACCCGGUGAGUUUGGCUUUGCUGGAGCAGUGGAUUGGUCGACGUUGAGCCAUGAUGGUUUACAGGCCAUGGGAAUGGGUGAUGCACCAUGGCAGGUUCAGGGAGCUCCUAGCUUAGUGCCCCAUGUUGAUUAUUAG